AAGAAAAGCAAAGCCCUGCAAGAAUUUUCUUUCAAGGAAAAAAGGCUGAGUUGAAUUGUUCAGUAAGUGAAAAAUUCCACCAAUCAAGAACUGACUUUUAAUUUUUAAACUCUACUGUGGCUACUAGUUGAAAGUUAAUUUUGUUGAUAGAUCCAGAUGGUGCGGUCCUUAUCCGUACCCUACCCUGCAUAUAGAUAACUUUAGUACACUCUGCCCUUUUCUGUGUGGAGGUGAGAAGGGUGAGAGACUGUGACAUAGCCAUGGCUAGUAAUUAGGCAAUUGCUAAGUUCUUGGGAGAAAGCUUGUUCCAAUUAUCAUCAUGAAACGCCUCGGUUGUAACCAAAUGUAAUGGUUAUAGGAAUUAUUUUCUCCCUGAUUUCUAGUCGCCUGUUUAGUCAGGCUUCUAUAAUCAGCUUAUUUUAAAGUAAACAAAAUGGGGGGAGUGUUCUUAGGCAUGCCAGGACCGUGGGCAGGUCAUAUGCACGAAGCUGCUGACCAUUAUACAACAAAAAUAGGUGGACUUCCUGAUUGGCCUAUUCCUCUUCCAUCGACAAGUGUUGAUUUAAUCAAAUGCAGUGCUUGUAAAAGUGAUUUGUCUCUUCUUGCACAGGUUUAUGCCCCAAUCACAAAUACAACUUUGAACAUUGAAGAGCGUGUAAUCUAUGUUUUUGGCUGUUUGAUGCCAGAAUGUGGGAGCACUACUGUAAGAUGGAGAGCUAUUAGAAUCCAAAAAUCUAUAAAUAGUGAAGGUUUAAAGAGCCAGUCUGAUAAGGAUGUCUCCUCGCCUGCAUCUUCUGUGACAGAUUCAAAGAAAGAAUGGAACAAGGAUAUGUGGUCAUUUGACUCUUUGGAAGAGGAUGAUGAUGACAUAGACCUUGCUGAGUUGGGAAGAGCACUUUCUAAAGCUGCAAGCCUGGCUUCUCAGUCCAAGAAACAAAACCAUGGUCAUAAAUUAACUGCCAAAACUUCAUCCCCUGUCUGUGCAGCCAGAGUAAUUGAUAAAAAGUUACCAGUGAUUCCUUGCUUCUAUAUAUAUGCUGAGGAAGAGAAAGUUUCCAAGAAGGAUGCUUUUGUCUGUAUAAAAAACAUCUCAUCUUCAAUCAAGGACCAUGAAAAUGAUCCUGCUACUCAAGAGGAAACAUGGGAGGUUGAAGAUUAUGAGUACGAUAGGACAUUGAAUGCUGACAGGGUUUACCUUAAGUUCAAAAAGCGGGUAGAUGCAUAUCCAGAACAAUGUUUCAGAUACUCAUAUGGUGGAACACCGCUUUUGGCUUCUGGAGAUGCUGGUGAUCCAGGGACGUGCAGACUCUGUGGUGCAGCACGUCAAUAUGAAAUGCAGCUGAUGCCCCCAUUGCUAUAUUUUCUGCAGGAAGCAGUCAGUGAGAAAGAAAGACAUGCUUUGGAUAACUGGAACUGGAUGACUUUAAUAGUCUAUACCUGCUCACUGAACUGUUCAAAGGAUAACUCUAGCGAUGAUGGUUGGAUUGUGGCUGAGGAAGCAGUUGUCGUACAAUAUGAAUAGCAUCGGUUGAAUUAACCUAUGCUGUUUCAUAAGAUUUUGUGAUAUGGUAUAUUGUCGUCAUAUUUUUGUUUCCUAUAAAAGUACUAGAUUAGUAGCAGGGUUGUCGCAGCCAAUUGAGUCUAAGGGUGGCUUUCUUUUUGCUUACAUUGUUUUCGAGUUUGCUGUUAUUUGGUACUAGUUAGUGUCAUAUGCUAGAGAUAUAAAUUGUCAAAUGUGCCUAAUAUAUAGAAUCGCUAGUUUACUACAUAGAAUCGCUAGUUUACUACAUUCCUAUGCGAACAUCUUUCAUCCAAUUGGCAAAAAAGUCGUAGUCAGCCCAGUAUUUUUGGCUCGAA